AUGAAGUUGCUGUUGCUCAAAUCGUCAUUUUGUUUGUCAUCAUAUGUUCAUAAAAAUCACAAAUUCUUCCCAAAUCACUGGUAAACUAUUUAAAAAUUAUUUUCUCAAUCAAAAUCUAUGAAAAAUUUCAGUUGUUCUUCAAAUCUUCGCCCCAAAUCAAUAAAAAUCCACAAAAUGCCGAGAAGAAGUUGCUGUUGCUCAAAUCGUCAUUUUGUUUGGCAUCAUAUGUUCAUAAAAAUCACAAAUUCCUCUUUUUAUUAUUUGUUAUAAGAAUUAUCAUUAGUUCGAGAUACAAUUAUUUUCUUUAAAUUUGCUUUUAUUUUUCAUGUUUUCCUGAUAAACUAUUGUCUGUUUUGCAAAAUUUCCAGAAUUUUAGCUCAAAAAUAACCAGGAAAAACUCGAAAAAACAGAAAAAAACCGUUUUUCCGAAAAAAAACAUUGAAAUAAAAGUAAGAAUGGAAGUGCGCUCCAUUGCAAAUUUCGCACAUUUCGCACGUUGUCUCGCACUCUCUCAAUAUUUUGCUUUUUGCAAUUUUCUAUUGGCCUGAAAGGGUGUGUGUCAAAACAUUGAUUCUGAUGCAGUUGUGAGUGGAAUUCAAGAUCUUACCGAACUCGCCACAAUUUCCGCAUUGGCUAAAACGCUUGAUGCUUCAAUUGUUCAAAUAUCGAUUGGAAUGAAAAUUGAGUUCGAGUGUUUUGAUACGCCAAAUGUACCGUUAACAUGCACCACGCCCAAAAUCUCGUGGACAGAUGGUGUUACGACUGGAACUGAUGGUAUGAAUUGGCAAGUUGGACAACCGGAUGGUCAAUCUUCUUGGUUGGAUAGAGGAGUUCUUUUGGUGCAGGAAAAUACAUUGGAAUCAUUCGGAUCAUUUGACACUGUUGAUGGAACUGUGUGUGGUGUUGAAGCAGUAGAAAAUUGA